AACUGUCAACUUCACAUUUCAGCUAAGAAGGCACUGCACGAGCCCGAAUAUUUAAAUUAAUAUUCUAGUAAAUUAAAUGAGAAAUAUUAGAAUUUAAGCUCGCCAAAGGUUAUUAGAAUUACUAAUACAACAAUUUCGCCAUAUUCUUAUGGCACCAGUGGAAGAAAACGAUAGAGACAGCGGGAUGGAAUCUCAAGACGGAUCUUCCUUCGAACCGGACGACAUCGAUAAAAAACGCCUCGAAAUCGAAGACGACGUAGAAGAUGAGCCCGAUGAAACGCUAUCGGAGAGACUGUGGGGUUUGACGGAAAUGUUCCCGGAGUCUUUGAGGAACCUUUCGUGGAGCGCUGCCAGUUGCACGAAAGCCGGGGUAAAGAACUUGUACGGUUUUUCGAGGAGUGCGAUAUGGGUGUUCGUGAGCACGUCAGUUAUACUGUUCGCUCCUGUGGUGUUCGAAGUAGAAAGGGCGCAAAUGGAAGAAAUGCAGAAGAACCAACAGAAACAGCUGCUGUUGGGGCCGAAUUCGGCCAUGUCGGGGGGCGUUCCGCCUCCCUUGAUGCCGCCCCCGUUGCAGAAGAGCUGAAGUUGAAUAUAGUCUUAGUCGUAAUGCAGUGACUGUAAGUAAUUUUUAAUAAAGGGUUUCUCGUUAAAUUCUUCAUGCAUUUGGCAAAUUAGUAGGGUUUUUUUUUUUCAAUUAGAUUUUUAUUCGAUUGUUGUGAUUACUUGUUUUUUAAUUUGCGGAAUUUAUUGUGAUGUCGCCGAGGUCUUCACAAUUUUUUUUGUUAAUUAAUAAAUUAAUUACAUAAUUUAA